ACAUUUCACGUCCGUUUUUUUUUUUUUGGAUGGGACCUCGCGGUUUGGAAACCUGGAAGUUCAUUAAUUCGAAUUUAUAAUUACGACCGUAUUUCUCAUUGUCGACCUGGCCGGGCUCCCGCGAGGCGUCGGUGACUUUGAACGUGACGUUGAAUCCGAGCCGGCGUUUAAUUUUCGCGAAUCGGCAAAGGAUUUUUUUUCCGGGGGCGCAAGAUUUCAUUGCUCGCUCGAGCUCGCGAGACGGUUCGAAAUGAAUUGAAUUUCGACCGACGAAAUGGAAUGUGUUUUUGGCGUGUAUGCCAAUAACUCGAAGCAAAAUAACUUGCGCCUGCACGUCCGAUAUGCAUCCAAUAACAAUUUUAUCCUCAUCGACUCUUCCCUCGUACGAGUACAUGCAUAAAACAUUCGCGCUAUAAAUCCUCGUGUACAAAUCGAACAAAUCCUACCCGCGAUGCGUAUACUCGAUAUUUAAUGCUUUACCUGCAGCAUCAGCGGCCGGCUGUUUUUUUUUACUCUUGAAAGGCACAAUAACGCAAUCAUUAAAUUUAUAAUGACAGUUUUAUGAUCCCCAUUAGCUCUAUAUAAUACAAAAAUUAUUGCAGCGCGUCUGAAUGGCUGCAUUGAAAUGCAUAUUUCACAAUUCCACUCGGCGAACGGUUAUAUAAUUAAUUAACCGAACGUAAAGUUAAUUAAGGAUUUUCAGCGCGACGCGGCUAAAGCGACACGGGGAUACAUUUGCGUGUUGCGCGGGCGCGAGUCAAGCGGCGAAAUUUUUAUUCAUUAAGACGCACGAAGAUUGUUGUUGCGCGCCGUAUCGACGCGCCCUUGUACGUCCGAUACGCCGUUGAAAUGAUAAAUUAUAUUUAGCACGCUGCAAAUGACGCGCAGCCGAUUAGAAUGGGAGAUAAAUUCGAACAAUCUAUGGGCACGUAUGCGUCGCGUGUAAUGUAAUUAUCGAUAACUAGGCUAGCGAAUCAGAGCACGUUCCGUGUUGCUUGCAGGCAACCGAAAUGGAAAAUACCCCCCGCGCAUCGCCGUGGAACGCAUCGUCGAGCAACCGUAGCCGUGCCUCGCCCACGUGUUCAGCGGGUCCCGUCUAACGUCGUCCAGCCACCCCCCGGGAAGUCCAGCGCCCCAGGGAAUUCGACAGCGAGCAAGAAAGAUGUAAUUUAGUUUUUUCGCCGUAUUACGACGGGGGAUAACGUGACACGAGUACGGGACACCGAGCGUCGAAAUUGACGUGGCCGUUGACAUGCCGGCGAUGUCGGGGGCGUAAAACGCGGCGUGUCCGCCCGCUUUGAAGAUGCUGGUGGACGACUACGGGAGCGGGAUGGGGUGGACUACGGCUGGCGUGCGCGGCGGUUGGUCCACCCCGGGAGGAUGCAGAAAUUCAGCCAUGAGCUUCGGCGGCAGCGUGCCGUCCUUGCACCCGACCGGCUCGAUAAGAUCGUUGCGCUCGCAACACUCCAUGCAGGUACCGCCCGAGACACCGCGAAGAUGCAUACAUUGUCAUCCGGUACAUGUCCCCAGCACCCCCAAUAAUUACAUGCAACAUCCUAUGCAGUACUAUACGCCGACUCAUUAUAUGGAGGGUCAAAAUGGCACGUACACGCCGCACCGAAGUUCGUAUCACGGCGAUACUCGUCUGCGUUACGUGGACGCCGAUGAGACCUUAGGUGGCAAUACGACCUGGGUCCCGAGUGAUCAACGCAGCCUGCAUCGUUGCGUACCCGCGUUUCGUCGUACAGGGAUCGACGUCGCCGGUAUGCGGACGCAUUUCUAUCCGGAGGGUGGCUGGGGCUGGCUGGUCUGCGCCGCCGGUUUUCUCGCCCUGUUGCUCACUACCGGGAUGCAGCUUGCCUUCGGAGCGCUACAUCUUUACGCCGCGCGGCAUCUUGGUGAGGUCCAUUUGAUGGACAUAGUGUGGGCGGGGGCGUUGAGCGCCGCGGUCUCCCGCGGCUCAGCGCCGCUGGUCGUCGGCGCGUGUCGCCGCGGCAAUACGAGGCUUACGGCGGUGAUCGGUGGCCUCGUGCUGGCUCUGGCGUCGCUCUUCACCUCGUUCGCCGUCCAGAUGCAUCAAGUGCUCCUUAGCUACGGUCUGGUGCUGGGUACGGGGGCCGGCCUCGUGAGGGAAACCGCCAGUCUGGUAUUGGGCAAUUACUUCAGGAAACGGCGGGAGUUCGUCGAGAUGGUGGUGCAGGCCGGCACCGGCGUGGGAAUCGUGCUCUUCAGCGUCGUCUACAAAGAAGCGCUCGGGAAGCUGGGCUGGCGGCAGGGACUUCAAUCGGUAACCGGGGCGCUCUCGUUGGCCUUCUUCCUGGGGCUGAUUUACCGGAGCGCCUCGCUGUACCACCCUCAGCGGCGAGCCAUGCUGCACCUGAAGAAUCAGCGCGGCAAAGUCAAAGAGAAGAAAUCCGCGUCGAAGGUACCGAAGCAGCCGCUGGUCGACCUGAGUCCUCUGGGAUCGCGUCCUGUAAGAAUGCUCAUGCUGGCCGCCGGUGCUGCCGCUUUCGGUCUUUACACCCCCGCCUUCUAUAUCGCUCUGCAAGGCUACCAGGACGGAUUGGAGGCCAGCGCCCUGGUACUGCUGCAGACCUUUCUGGGCCUGGCGGCGGCACUCGGAUGCGCGGCUUUGGGGGUAGUUAUCGUCAGACCUUCCGCUCAGUGCCUAGUGUCCAGGCAAUAUCUCUGUCAGGCGGCGCUCAUUGGGGUUGCCGUAGCUCAAGUGGCGCUUGGUAGCGUGCAGGGCUAUCACGGACUCGUGCUGGCCUCCGCGCUUUACGGCGCCUCGCUCGGCGGCACGCUCUACUCCCUGAAGAUGCUCGCCCUGGAGAGGCUGCGCGCGAGACACUUCGCCAGAUCGUGGGCUUUGGUGCAAGCCGCGGAAGCCCUGCCCAUCCUUCUCGGAGUUCCUCUCACAGGUUACAUGAACGCGAGCAGCCCGCGGGUGGGUUACUACGCGUGCACGCUGAGUUCCUUGUGCGGCGCGGCGCUUCUCUUCCUGGUCGGCUGGGGACGGCAGCCGGCGUCGCAGAUUCUGCCGGGGCCGCAUCUCUCGAGCCUCGGCAUCGUGCCGCCGCCCCCGCCGUGCGUGUGCCCGCCGCCGCCGCGGCCCCGGCUGCCCAAGUCGCAGUCCCUCCACGUGCCGCUGGACGUCGAGGAUCACAUCGGCAUGCGCGAGCGCGACUUCGUCGAGCGGGUGCACGACCACCCGAUCGUCGACCACUACUGCCAUCCGCAGUUCCACGUGCCGUUGAGGCCCAGCAAGAGCGUGCCGGAGGGUCUCGGCCAGCAGGACCCGUACCGGACUCGGCCGCGACGCCACCGCGACAUCACCGUCAUAGAGCAGAUCACCACCAGCGUGUAAGGCGACGGGGAUGGCUCGACCGACCCUGUCGGCGCGCGUCAUUAGGCUAAUGGGCACCAGAGAGUUCGGCAACGUUCUUUUACCCUAGGAUUUUUUAAUUUCGCAUUUGUCCCGGCAUGAUGUAUGGAUGAAUCGUGACUUUUGUCUCGGUAAAGAAAAGGGUUGGAAGGAUUGAAAUCUGCUGAGAGAGUAAACCUCCCACUUGGACCCGGUUGCACCAACGUCGGUUGACCUGAACCUUAGCUUAAUUCACCCUUCGUCUCUUUCGGAGAAAAACAAUUGGAAAGAGACGAAGAGUGAAUUAAGCCGAAGUUAAAAUUCCGUGAUGUUGGUGCAACCCGGCCUUAGUGGUUUAUCCUAGUAGCCAGAUGGAGUAAACCUUCCACUUAGGCCCGGUUUUUCAUUUUCUGGUUAAAUGUUAACCAGAAGUUAGUCGUUUACCUGUGUCUUCCCUGGUAGCCAGCUGACGUCACUUCCCUGCUGAAAAUACCCGAUUCAAACCGAUAGAUAUCGCAUUGAUUUCUAUAAAAAUUAAUCGGUUUCAAUUCGAUAUCAAUCGGGCCAAUCGGGCACCGGAUUGAUGGAAAUGCAAGAUCAAUCGGAUUCAAUCCGUAAUCUGAUUCAAUCCGGUAUUUCCAGAUAGAAUUAAAGCAGUAACAAUCGGUUUCUAUCGGAUUUUCUUUUUAAUACAAUUUUUCCGGAUUGACUUGAAUCCGCGCCAAUCGGUUCCAAUCGGCGAAUUUGUAUCUGAAUUGUCUAUUGUUUUUAAUACAACUUUUCCGGAUUGACUUGAAUCCGCGCCAAUCGGUUCCAAUCGGCGAACUUUUAUCACGGGUUGAAACCGAUAGACGCGGAUCAAAAUCUAUCUGGAAAUUCCUGAUUGAACACGAUUCAAAUCUGACCCUAUCCGCGUCAAUCGGUAUUUUCCGCAUCAAGAAUCCAGAUUCAUGCGGAUUCAAAAUUUUCAAUCGGUUUUAAUCGGGUAUUUUCAACAGGGUUGUCUUUAUUUUAACGUCGAAAUGUCAUCAGAAGUGUCAUUUUGACGUGAAAAUGAUAAGUUACGUUAGCUGGCUAUCUGGGUUCUUGGAUAAUAAUAUAGAAAAAGGUAGAGAGUCAAUUAACCUCUGGUUAACAGUUACCCAGAAAAUGAAAAACUGGGCCUUAGUGGUUUAUCCUAGUAGCCAUUGUUUGCGCCCAAAAUGGACUUCAAGAAAAAGAAUUGAUUGAAUUAGCGACGUCGCAAGCGCAACUCCGUCAAGCGUCGUACUUUACUUGACUACGGGGUGCCA